CGUCAAAUCGUUGCCACCUAUACAUACAAAUCCACAUAUCUAUAUCACCACCGUUCAUCACACACACACUCUCUUCAUCCCUUUCACAAACAACCUUCAACCACCAAAAAUCAACAAAAUUCCACAAAAAAAUUCUACAAAAUCAAUGGGCGUCGAUUACUACAACAUCCUGAAAGUGAAUCGAACUGUAACCGAUGAAGAUCUGAAGAAAUCAUACAAAAAACUCGCGAUGAAAUGGCAUCCAGACAAGAACAUCGCAUCAUCAACCGAUGAUAAAGUCGCUGAAUCGAAGUUUAAACAGAUCUCCGAAGCGUAUUACGUUCUAUCGGAUCCGAAAAAGCGUCAGAUCUAUGAUAUGUACGGUGAAGAAGGUUUGAAAUCUGGAGUUUAUGAUGAAUCGAUGUUGUCACCGACGGUUUCUAGUGGUACGAAUAAGAGUAGAUCUGGUGCGAGGUUUAGGUUUGAUCCGAGAGAUGCAGAUGAGAUAUUUGCGGAGUUUUUUUACGGAUCGGAAGGUAGGGUUUCGGAUGGAGUUUUGAAGAGUGAGAAGAAGAAGAUGAGUGAGAAGACGAAGAGUGAGAGGAAGGCGGAGACGGUGGAGAAUAAGUUGAGUUGUAGUUUGGAGGAGUUGUAUAGAGGAUCCAAGAGGAAAAUGCAGAUUUCGAGGAUUGUGCUUGAUGAUAACGGAAAACCCGGGACUCUGGAAGAAAUCCUAACAAUACACAUCAAACCAGGCUGGAAAAAAGGAACGAAAAUCACAUUCCCCGAGAAAGGAAACCAAGAACCCGGAGCAGCCGCAGGCGACCUAAUAUUCGUAAUCGACGAAAAGCCACACGACACAUUCAAACGGGACGGUAACGAUUUAGUUUUCACAAAAAGAAUCACUCUCUUAGAAGCUCUGACCGGAAAAACAAUCAAGGUGACGACAUUAGACGGUAGAAAUCUCGUGAUUCCGAUCACCGACAUCAUCAAACCGGGCCACGAAGAAGUGAUUCAAAACGAAGGGAUGCCGAUUUCGAAAGAACCCGGGAAGAAAGGUAACUUGAGGAUCAAGAUUGAUAUUAAGUUUCCGUCGAGAUUAACGGGUGAACAGAAAUUGGAUCUUAAACGGGUUUUGGGUGCCGGAAGAGUUGUUGUCGAAGACUAGUUUGGUAAUAAGGCGAGUUUUUCUAAUCGUUAACUAUGCGAGUGUGUACAUACAUGGGUAACUUUGUUGGUGGUGUUAUUAAUUAUGAGAUAUGGAAUUGUGGAUAGUAGAAAUACUUUUGAAAUAAGUAUAUAACUAGUUAAGUGUUGAGUUAACUCGUAUAUAUAUAUAUAUAUUGUUUUUAAUUGUGGUACACAAGGCGGUUAUGUAAUCAUAUAAUUUACUCUC